AUUACCUCUCUGUUCUUGAAAACUAAACCAAACAUCCAUGGAUUCACUGCAUCCAAACCCUCCUCCUCUUCUCUCCGAAACCCUACCUCCCGAACCUCCUCAUCCUCUCUCCUUCUCCUCCUCAGAAACCCUAGCUUAUCCUCCUCCGCCUCCACCAUCCUCCGAUCCAAACCCUCCUCCUCAACCCCCUCCCGAAACCCUAGCUCCCCCGAAUUUUCAAACCCUAGCAUCUUCAGACGAUCCGAUCCCGAUUCCCCCCUCCGAACCCGAUUUGCCGAUUCCGAAUCCAUUGCCCGAAGACCAAAGCCAGAAGCAAGAGCUUCAGAGGCAAUUGUUGUCUGAGAAUGGUAGUAGUACGGACAGGGACGGUUCGGGAGGCGAGGAGGAGACGAAUCGCCGCCGCCGCCGCCGGAGUCGGUGGGACCCUCCGGCUGACGGUGAGGUUCAGAAUGGGGAGGCGAAGAAGAGGAAGUCGAGGUGGGCUGAUGAUGAGCCGAAGCCGGUGUUUCAGUUGCCGGAUUUCAUGAAGGAUUUCGCUGGAGGUAUGGAUAUUGACCCUGAAAUUCAAGCUUUGAAUGCUAGGCUUCUUGAAAUUAGUCGAAUGUUGCAAUCGGGUUUGCCAUUAGAUGAUCGUCCCGAAGGCGCUAGAUCGCCUUCUCCGGAACCUAUAUAUGAUAACAUAGGAAUUCGAAUAAACACUAGAGAGUAUAGAGCUCGCGAAAGGCUUAAUAGAGAGAGACAAGAGAUAAUUUCGCAAAUUAUAAAACGAAACCCUGCGUUCAAGCCGCCUGCAGAUUAUAGGCCACCGAAGCUUCAGAAGAAGCUAUAUAUACCAAUGAAAGAAUACCCGGGUUAUAAUUUUAUCGGUCUUAUAAUUGGACCGAGAGGGAAUACACAGAAGAGGAUGGAGAAAGAGACUGGUGCGAAAAUUGUAAUUCGGGGUAAAGGGUCAAUUAAGGAAGGUAGGUUGGGACAAAAGCGGGAUUUGAAGUUUGAUCCUGCGGAGAAUGAAGACUUGCAUGUUUUGGUUGAGGCUGAGACGCAGGAGUCACUUGAUGCUGCAGCGGGAAUGGUAGAGAUGCUUUUGCAUCCUGUAGAUGAAGGAUUGAACGAGCAUAAGAGGCAGCAGCUUCGGGAACUUGCUGCUUUGAAUGGUACGAUAAGGGAAGAUGAGUAUUGUAGGUUGUGUGGUGAGCCUGGUCAUAGGCAGUAUGCUUGUCCAUCUCGUAUGUCAACUUUUAAGAGUGAAGUUUUGUGUAAGAUUUGUGGGGAUGGUGGGCACCCAACUAUUGAUUGCCCUGUGAAAGGGACUGUGGGAAAGAAAAUGGAUGAUGAGUAUCAGAAUUUCUUGGCAGAAUUAGGUGGGACAGGCCCUGAAUCUCUUACCAAGCAAAACCCAGCAUUGGCUAUUAUGGGUUCCAACAGUUCAGGAAGCAACCCACCUUGGGCCAGCAGUGGCGGUGCUGGAAGUACUGGGAACUCGUCACAUCCGGGACUGGGCAGCAAUUUAACUAAGGUUGGAAAGGAAAUAGAUGAUACGAACUUGUAUAUUGGGUACUUGCCACCGACUCUUGAUGAUGAUGCUCUGAUCAGAUUGUUUUCACCUUUUGGUGAAAUAGCAAUGGCUAAGGUUAUUAAGGAUCGGGUGACUGGAUUGAGCAAAGGUUAUGGUUUUGUAAAGUAUUCUGAUGUCAAUCAGGCAAAUCAAGCCACUAGUAGUAUGAAUGGUUAUCGCCUAGAUGGGAGAGUAAUAGCAGUAAGAGUUGCAGGUAAGCCGCCCCAACCCGUUGUACCCCCUGGACCUCCUGCUCCACCAAUGUCUACUUACCUUCCUCCCAAUCAGGCAGUUGGUGGAUACCCAUCUCAACAAAAUACAUCAGGUGGCUCUCUUGGGAGUAUGCCACCUGGCAGCUACAUGGGUCCCCCUGUUCCUUGGGGCCCACAGGCUCCUCCUCCUCCGCCUUAUGCUCCUUACACCCCUCCUGUUCCUGGAUCAAAUAUGUACAACCCAGUCCAAGGUCAACCUAUGCCCCCUUACAACAUACCAUAUCCCCAACCACCUCAAGCUGCUAUCUCUGGUUCUGUGUCUCAGAGCAUGCCUUCAAGUGAAGCCCAACAAAACUACAUCACUGGGGUGCAAUCUCAGAGUAAUGCGUCUGUAGCCUCUGCACAGUCUGGAGCUAAUAAUAUCUAUGGAAAUUCAAUGAUGGGGAUGCCACCAAACUCUCAACCUACAUACCAUCCAUCUUCCUUAGGUUAUCCUUCUUAUUAUGCUGUAGCUCCUCCUCCUCCACCUGGGUCUCAUUCAACAGCAGAUCAACAGAACUUUGCAAGUGAAUCGUGGGCUUCUAAGCCACCUGCUCCACCAUCCAUUUCAUCGGCAGAACAAAGUCAGCAAGCAAGUUAUGGUGUGGAUCCUGAGUAUGAGAAGUUCAUGGCCGAGAUGAAAUAACACUGUUCCAGUGACUACGAUGUUUUCAUGUUAAUAAGCAUGAGGUUUUCUUGGAGCUCUUGUCAGCCUGUUUUGUUACAUGUUGCUAUGACUUCAACUUGUUGGAAGUUUCAGACUCACAUCUUUUAUCUUGCUGUGCUGUUGUCACAAUUGCAGAGACUUUUUACCGAAUUUCAGAUUUUCUAUAACUGUAAUGGAGAAGCUAUGUGUUACUCCUUUCUGCAGGUCAUAUGGACUACAUCUGGUGCCAAUCAUGGUCCACCUGGAAAGCAUCUUCUUACUUGCAAUUUUCAAGUGCUGGUUGUGUUUGAACUUUAUUGACUACAUGGUUUCUGUCGGUUUUGUGCUGUAAUGAUUCAUUAGAUACAAUUUUAAUGUCCCAUUUUCUUUGUCUUUUUUGUCUUUAAUUUAUUUUUUCUGUCAAUGGUGACUUUUUUUUGCAUUGUGAGGCCUGGAUGAUAUGUUCAUUCCAAACCUGUCUGAAGCCUGGGUUAUAAAUGCUCCCUUUAUCUAGGGAGUGGAAGUUAUCCACGCCACACGUUAGUUGAUGAGCAUUGGUAUGUGCAAUUAAUUAUCUAAUAUUGGUAUUUUUUUACUUAUAUGACAAACUAAUAUGGUCUUGUUUUGGAUA